GGGUGAGUGGGUGGUAGAAAUUCAUAGGGCGUAUGAGGAAGUUAUAAUAGACGGGACAUAAACAAAAGAAGAGCAGUUUUGCCGUACAGUAGGAUUUGCCACGUCAAAAAAAAAUGCCUGGAAAGAAAGUAUGCAUCGUGGGAUCUGGAAACUGGGGCUCGUCCAUAGCCAAAAUAAUCGGGCACAAUGUCAAAGCGUCCAACCGGUUCGACCCAAUGGUGAACAUGUGGGUUUAUGAAGAAAUGAUUGAUGGAAAGAAGCUAACGGAGAUCAUCAAUACAGAACACCAAAAUGUCAAAUAUCUGCCAGGUCACAAACUGCCCAGGAAUGUGGUCGCUGUUCCAGACAUCACAGAAGCUGUCAAAGGAGCAAAGAUUCUCGUCUUUGUAAUCCCACACCAGUUCAUCAGCAAACUGUGUGAUCAGAUGAAACCUCACAUCCAAGAGGGAACCAUCGGGAUAUCGCUCAUCAAAGGUAUCGAUGAGGGACCAGAUGGACUAAAGCUCAUCUCAGACAUCAUCCGAGAGAAACUAGAGAUUGAGGUCAGCGUCCUAAUGGGGGCCAACAUCGCCAGCGAGGUUGCAGAUGAGAAGUUCUGUGAAACCACCAUCGGGGCAAAAAAUGAAUCAAACGGCCUGAUCUUCAAAGAGCUGCUUCAAACGCCCAACUUUCGCAUCACUGUUGUGCAGGCGAGUGACACCGUGGAGCUGUGUGGAGCUCUAAAGAAUAUUGUGGCAGUAGGUGCUGGAUUUUGCGACGGCCUUGGUUUUGGUGACAACACGAAGGCGGCGGUGAUCAGGCUUGGUCUGAUGGAAAUGGUCGCCUUCGCCGAGUUCUUCUGCAAAGGCCCAGUGAGCUCGAACACUUUCCUGGAAAGCUGCGGCGUGGCCGACCUCAUCACCACAUGCUACGGGGGACGAAACCGCAAAGUCGCAGAAGCCUUUGUCAGAACAUCCAAGUCUAUUACUGAGCUGGAGGCAGACAUGCUCAACGGGCAGAAGCUGCAGGGCCCACAGACCUCAGCUGAGGUCUACAAGCUCCUGAAACAGAAGGACAUGGUCGACAAGUUUCCAUUGUUUUCUGCAGUCUACCAGAUAUGCUUUGAGGGCAAAGAAGUGAAAGAGUUCAUCACCUGUCUGCAGAACCACCCAGAGCACAUGUGAUGUGUCCACUGCUGUGCAUGCAAUAGCGAUUUACUCCCACUAGAGGGCGCAAGAGAUUCACCAGAUGAAACGCACAAUACAACAACACAGAUACGACCAACAGCACUUUUACUUAUUGUUGACAUUUUAUAACGGAGCCUCUAUUUUUCUUAGUUUUAAAAGCAUUUGUAAAAAUAGUUUUUACUCUUACAUUGUGAUAUGUUGCAGACCACUACAAGUCUUUUAUUACCAAAACAAAGUCAUUCUUUUUGUACGGGGUGUACCUUACUUUUCCCAAUCUAAAUAUUGAAACUGAAGUAGUUGUUUCUUGUCGUCAUGUGGAGUUUCUUUCUCAAUAAAAUCAAUUCAUGAGAAACUGAAAA